AUCCAUUCAUUGUAACCUCACUGCUUCUCCUCUGUGACAUUUUUAAAAUAUUAUUGUUGAACUGGCUGUAAUGAAGACAGCAACUCGAAAGUGAACUUAAAAGAAGAGCUGAAGAUUUGUGCACUGCAGCUCGCGGAUCACCCCACCCCCAGAUCAUUCAUCCCCCGUUCGACUUCCUUAUUGUAAACUGGGCUGCGAGGAAAUUUAACCCUCUUUGGAAACGUCGCCCGGCAGCUUGUAUUUGUUUAUCAAUGAACAGUACAAAAAAUCCAUUGACUUUGGACCACCUGAGAAAUUUCAGCAGCGGCAAUAAACUGGUGCGGGAUCAGACAACCUUAACGAUGGCUUCGGGUUUGCAAAGCGUACGAACAAGCGAGCCCAAGCACAGACUCGAGGUCCACACUUUAUCGGACACCUCCAGCCCUGACACGGGAGAAAAAGAGAAAAUUCAACAGAGCAAAAACGAUGACACGAAUACAGAGGACUCAUCAAAGAAAAAAAGGCAACGGCGCCAGAGGACGCAUUUCACCAGUCAACAGUUACAAGAACUGGAGGCAACUUUUCAAAGAAAUCGAUACCCAGAUAUGUCCACGAGGGAAGAGAUUGCAGUUUGGACCAAUUUAACUGAAGCUAGAGUUCGGGUCUGGUUUAAAAACCGCAGAGCCAAGUGGAGGAAACGCGAGCGCAACCAGCAAGCGGAGCUUUGUAAAAGUGGCUUUGGACCUCAGUUCAAUGGUCUGAUGCAGCCUUAUGAUGAUAUGUACCCCGGCUACUCCUACAACAACUGGGCCGCCAAGGGCUUGACAUCGGCGUCGCUUUCCACAAAAAGCUUCCCUUUCUUUAAUUCUAUGAACGUGAAUCCUUUGUCCUCUCAGACUAUGUUCUCCUCCCCCAAUUCCAUUUCAUCUAUGAGCAUGUCAUCCAGCAUGGUGCCCUCUGCAGUGACCGGGGUACCAGGCUCUGGGCUGAACAGUCUCAAUAACUUGAACAACUUAAGCAACCCUUCUCUAAACUCCGCCGUACCAGCGGCGACCUGCCCCUACGCUCCGCCGACCCCACCAUACGUCUACAGAGACACUUGCAAUUCAAGCUUGGCCAGCCUCAGACUCAAAGCCAAGCAACAUUCAAGUUUUGGAUACGCCAGUGUUCAGAACCCAGCAUCUAAUUUGAGCGCCUGCCAAUAUGCUGUAGACAGGCCUGUGUGA